CAAUCCUUACCGGUGUUGAUUACCUCCCUUCUGCCUACUAUUCGACCGCCAUUUACAACAUGGGCUCCAGUUCGGACUUUUACUUACGUUAUUAUGUUGGACAUAAAGGGAAAUUUGGGCAUGAAUUUUUGGAAUUUGAAUUCCGACCCGAUGGUAAACUGCGCUAUGCCAACAACUCCAAUUACAAAAAUGAUACUAUGAUUAGGAAAGAAGCUUACGUACAUAAGUCAGUGAUGGAAGAAUUAAAAAGAAUUAUUGAAGAUUCUGAAGUAAUGCGUGAAGAUGAUGAAUUGUGGCCCUCACCAGACAGGGUUGGCCGACAGGAACUUGAGAUUGUCAUUGGCGAUGAGCAUAUAUCAUUUACAACUUCUAAAAUUGGUUCCUUAGUUGAUGUUAACCAAAGCAAGGAUCCUGAGGGACUGCGAAUAUUUUACUACUUGGUCCAAGAUCUGAAGUGUCUCGUCUUUUCUCUCAUUGGACUCCAUUUCAAGAUUAAACCCAUCUAACAUCACCACCACUAUGGAACCAAACCAUUUUUGUCAUGUAAAAUAAUUUCACUUCUCAUUUUCUGAACAAUUUUGCAUUAAUUUUUAAUAUUAAAUAUUAUAUAUUAGCCAGGAACAAA